CCUGUCGUGCCUGUCUAGUCACACAUAUCUUCAAUAUCUCGUGGCACGUCCUUUUUAUCAACAACUACCCUAGAUUCCAGCCUUAUACCGACAUCUUCAACACCAUGGUCCGCAAUUGACUCGUCCCUUCCAUCAAGUUGCUAUCUGCCUCGCUCGCACCUUGUCCAACUAUUGGUGCAGCCCCCGGCAUCACAUCGCGACGCGUUCGAUGGACAAUGUUCCAGUAACAACACCAUCGACCAUGUCUUCCCUGCCCAUGGUGUCCACAUCAAUUAGCCUUGGAUAAGGAGAGUCAUCCGCGCCGUCCAUUAUGACACCUCACCUGGUCGUCCGUCCUGCGUCCAAGGGAAGUUCAGUCAUUUCUUACAAUGAGCUUUCUCCUCAGCCACUCGACCUGAACGAGCCUCAAUCACAGUCACAUGAUCAGGCCUCCCCCAACGCCCCAGACCUGCCGUCAUCGUCAUCGCCAGUAACGCUUACUGAGCCUCGCAAUGAUUCCAGUCCUCCUGCUUUUCAUAGAUUACCCAGGAUUGCCAUCUCAAAGAUUCUGUGGCAUGUUGAUGCAAAUGAAUUUGCCUCCUUGGCCAUCCUCAACAAAGCCUGGUACAAUGUUGCACAGGAUAGAGAUUUGUAUGCUCAUCACCUCUCACGAUGCCCGUCUUAUGCACUCUCCAACACCGUCAUCACUGGCCCUUUUCGAAAGAAUGACCUCUUUCGUCUCAAGACAAAAUUCGCCGCCGAAGUCCGUCGAAAUUUGUUCCGUGCAUACCUCAAACCCCGACAGACUUUGAUCAAUCUCAUCUCUGUCAAUGCCAGUUCCUCUGCUGCCCUUCCGGGCGCAGAGGCCUUUCGUUUUUCUUUCUCGCCUAAUGGCCAGACUAUGCUCGCUCUGAGCUCUUCACGAAUUUACGUCAUUGAUGCCACCACAGAUCCUAUUCUUGUUCGCAAAGAGUUGAAAACCCUCAGAAGGCCUCUUGCUGCGUCAGUCACCGACGAUGGCACUACCCUGGCGGUCUUGUCUUCGAAAUACCAGGCCAACAUCUACAAUUUGACACCAACUGGGGUGAGACACGUUCAAGUGCUUGUGAUGGACAAUCCCCCUAGGACAAUCGCUCUGGCACCUGAAGGGACUGUCCUCGCAGCUGCAUACGAAGGCGGUGUCGAGGUUUUCUCCCUCGCUCAAAGUGCUCUUUCUACGGACCGUAGAGCUGUACGGAGUGAGGCCGUCGAUGCUUUAAGCUUCUCAGGCGACGGGUCCAUGUUGGUCGGGAGCACUCAGAGUCUUGAAGAACCUUCCUCCGUUGUCAUCACAGCUCCCUUUUACACUGAAAACGAUUUGCCUCCCAAAGAAGUUCAUAGUCGCAUGUGGACCACCCAAAUUCUCUUCCCUCAGAUCAGCAGUAUUUGCAGCCACGCAGACUUACUACAGGGACACACAGAAGGUGAUGCCAAUUGGCUGUUCGCCUAUGAUCACACCCUGAUGUCGUAUCGCGCCGUACGAACAGACGACACACGCACAGGCGUGGCUUACUUUUUAAACCCCGCAAGUACAAGACGCUUCAGCUUGCCUGCUCCGACCACUGCCCCGACCGCCACUAUGGAUGGAACUCUCGUGGUUGCAGGAUUCAGUGGAACCGGCCUUUGGAUGUACGGCGUCCCCGAAAAGCUGGACGUGAGUCCAGAUAUGGGAUCCGUGGUCGAAAGACACGAACAAAGUUUGCAAAAUCGAAUGGGAGUCGCUCUCACAACUGCAACAGGUCGGUUGGAGCCCUUGAUGGCCUAUUCCCCUUCCAUUUCCGGGAGCAGUGAGGAAUUCGAGGAUGAUUCAAUAGCUGCCAAAGUGGACUGGCGAGAGAGUUUGUUCGUCAAGUGUGAACAUCUCCGAACCAUAGACGGGGUCACUGCAGCGAAGUGGGUAGAGCGGAGUGAAGAAAGAGAAUGUGGUUUCAAAGGGAAGAGACUGAUCGUGGUGGCUCCUGGUGGGGUGGACCACUUUGUGGAGGAGCUCGGCGAUGAAACCAUGCCUGUGGAUGGGUCUCGCCUCUCUGUUCUCGAUUUUGACUACGCGCCAUCGACCCUGGACAACAGCGAAAUUACGAUCGAAGUGGGCGAAAUGGAACCAGAACUCUUGACCGAGCAGAUUGGUGAUAUGGAGAUCGAAGUUGCCAUGGAGCGGAGACGGACUGUGCGUGACCGGACACGCGGCGCCAGAAGCAUGCCUCUAGGACGUUCUGCGACCAAUGCCAUGCCUUCGCAAGGGCUCUGGGCUCAACGCCGUCCCGACUCGUCAGGGCCCUCGUCUCCUCUUGACGUUGACGCUCAAAUGGAACGAACUGCUGCGGCCGCUGCUGCUGGUACCAGGUCUCCUAAGUCACCAUCAACAAAUUUACAUCGAGCCGCCACAACAGCUGCAGGUUAUACAACGGCUCGAUAUCCACCUCGACCUCCACUCUCAGCUCAGAUGGACCAAUCUCGCAAUCCGGUUCGAGUAUAUUCUCCUGGAGACGGUUGGGAGUCACCCCCUCCACCAUACACGACGGGAGGUAAUGUACAUAUCCAGCCUGCCGGCAUGCUCGGAUCCCCACUCAUUCAACCUCGUCAACCAUCUGGGCAGGGUGCUGGGCCAAUGCCGUUGACGGGCAUCCCAGAAAACGGAAUUCCCUCUCGACAUGCGGGCAACCACCACUUCACACCCGAAGCUUCGAGGAUGCCGGCUGCCCCUGGCUCAAUGCCUCAGUCACACAUGACUUCGAACGUGGAGAGACAAUUUCAACCCCAGGCUGGCACGGGUCUUCCUCAGAUUACUACUCCAUUAUCUCCUGAAGCUCCUGCAGGGAUUACACCGGGUCACUACGGUCCAGCUGGAGGGAACAUUCCCCCCCUGCCGGGUCAAAUGUUCCAACCCAGUGAGCCAUUUCGUGAAGCAUCCCAAGCGGGACCUGUGAUACAAGGAUCAAUGCCUGAUCAUCAUUUUACUCCAUAUCCCCACCAACACCCUCAGCCAUCAUCACGACCUGUUUCCCACGACGAGAGACCGUCGCCCUUGCGCACUCCCAUCUCGCAAAGAGAUCAUGUGCCAGACCACCGAAUACCUUCACCACUGAACGACCGGCCGACUGGAAAUGCCGGGGAUUUGAUGGAGCCUUCAAGCAUAAACCAAGCGCAGAAUCGACUGUCAACAUCUUCGGUGACUUUGACGGGCGCCAAUCUCCAAGCUCGUUUGAAUCACCCUGUUCCACCUCCUCCAACCGUUGGUAAUUCAAUUCUUUCGGAGAAUGCCACAGCGGGAAUUCCGUCAACGAAUUUACCCUCAAGCUCCCAUGAGACAAACGUAGUCAUUCCACAUUCUGACCAAGCUGGCAAUUUAAAGCAGAUUUCGCCUCAGUCACAUCUGAGCCUAGGAGCAUACGCACCAAUUCAUGAUCCCAAUUCUGCGAAUAACCUACUCAACGGCCAGCCACAUCAGCCUCACCCUGUACAAAUUGCGCACGGAUCGUCUGCAUCGCCUGUACCUUACCGACCACCAGGUUUAGCCAAUGGUCUGGCUAACGGUCCCGUCGGAUCGAGCUCUUCGUCGACGCCCAAUCUUCAUGCCAUGACGGCAAUGCAUGCUCAACAGACCGGUGAUCAAUUGACCAGGAUCGAAAGUAUUCCAGGAGCAUAUGGACGACAUCAGGGCAUGGGAUACAAUCAAUUGGCGCCUGGUGGACCUCCAAUGCAUCCCAAUCAAGGCUACCACCAACAACAACCCUACAUGUCAUACGGACAGCCAUCAGCCGCAAAUGUCCAGAUGCCAGGCGGAUGGAUGCCGAACCAACAACAACUCCCUUUUCCAGAUCCAUCAGGAAGACGGGUAUCAUCCGACCCAAGCGCACUGGAGACACCAGGGAAGAAAAAGAGAGGACGAAGAAAGAAAGGGGAACCCAUUGCAGAACCUGGUCGAAGUCAGACUCCCAUGCCUAUGAUGAGCAGCUCGAACCAGCCUCCUCCUGCUGCAACUGCUCCUCCUCCCGCAAAAAAGGGGAGUAGAUGUCUUGUCAUGUAAACUUGACAUUUUUCCAUCUUACCUAUUGACGACGAGAUCUGUUUUUUUUCAAUAACUUAUUUGCAUUGUACGGUUGCAGAAUCAAAAUCAGCCUUUGUGUGUCAUUAUUCUUCUCUAUCACAGGAAUAGGGCUAUACACAUUGACCUCAGGAAAGAGUGUUCUGCAAAGACAAGCAAUAAAAUUUGUAAUGUACAACGGGAGCAUUGCCAUCCGACAUGCUUUGCCUGCACACGUGUUUGUUUCAUCUCCGUCUUGCUAUUGCUGACGAUCCCAUGCAUUGGAG